AUUGCUGUUGAAAUCAACGGGCUUUAAUUCGAAUUCUUCUCCGCUUUCGCGUUUCCACGAAACCCUUGCGAUGAAUCCUCUCGUGUUUCUUAGCGUGUGUUCUUUGUGUUUGGGAAUUUGAAUCUCUCUUCUUCUUACAAGGAAUGUUUGAAUAAGAGAGGUUUAGUAUAUGGAAUGAAUUAGAAACAUAACUUGGUUUGCAUGGCUCUGUUACUAGGAACUGGAUAGUGCUCUUUAUUGCACCAUGGCAUCUGGAAAUAUUUAUUUGGAUGAUUUGAGAGUUAAGCCUGAGGUUAUUGAUCCUCCUAAAGAUGAAGACUUGGUGGAAGUUAGUGAAGAUGUGAAUGAUCCUGAUCAACAAGCACUUAAACCAAAUUUAACCGUUGCUAGCAGUGUUCAUGAACUCCUUGAAUGCCCUGUGUGCUUAAAUGCCAUGUAUCCACCAAUACAUCAGUGUUCAAAUGGGCAUACGAUAUGUUCGGCGUGCAAGCCCAAAGUGCAUAAUCGAUGUCCGACAUGCAGACACGAGCUGGGCAAUAUAAGAUGUCUUGCUUUAGAGAAGGUUGCAGCUACUCUCGAGUUACCCUGCAAGUUCCAUACUUUUGGUUGCUCAGGCAUAUUCCCAUACUUCAACAAGCUGAAACAUGAAUCACAGUGCGCAUUUAAACCUUAUAACUGCCCGUAUGCGGGAUCUGAGUGCUCAGUUGUCGGUGACAUUCCAUUUUUGGUUAACCACCUGAAAGACGAUCACAAGGUGGACAUGCAUAACGGAAGCACUUUCAACCACCGCUAUGUCAAAUCAAAUCCACAUGAAGUCGAGAAUGCGACAUGGAUGCUUACAGUAUUCAGCUGUUUCGGACAAUACUUUUGUCUCCAUUUCGAAGCGUUUCAGCUCGGAAUGGCACCUGUAUACGUAGCAUUCUUACGGUUCAUGGGCGAUGACACUGAGGCGAAGAACUACAGCUACAGCCUCGAGGUUGGGGCCAAUGGCAGGAAAAUGAUAUUUCAAGGCGUGCCUAGGAGCAUCAGAGACAGCCACCGGAAAGUGCGUGAUAGUUACGACGGGCUUAUAAUUCAGAGAAACAUGGCUCUUUUCUUCUCCGGCGGCGAUAGGAAGGAGUUGAAGCUCAGAGUAACUGGCAAAAUUUGGAAGGAACAGUGACACAGAUUUCUGUUUCACUCUCUUUAGACAGUUUUUUUGGGUUGGUUGGCAGGAUUUGGAGCUCAUGUAACUCUGAAUUCGAAUAUGAAGAUGAACUUUGUUCGGUUUCGGAGCUUAUGUAACUCUGAAUUCGAAUAAUGUGAUAGAUUUUGAUUGCCAUUGUUGCUAAAGUUUUGAUUUA